CUUAUUCUGUACAGAGUCUAGAUACAAAGUGUUUGGUGACAGGGGAUACAUCUGCAGAGGUCAAUGUGGAAGAAACUUCUCCAAACAAAAAAGAAAACCUGGCAGAUACUAGCUGUGAUCAGGGAACAAGUAAAAGCACACAAAAUGACAGCCACUGUCUCCUGAAGGAUAUACAGACAAGAGAUGUAACUUUUAAGGACUGCGGAACAUUUUGGCAGGAUGGUUGGAGGAAAAAGCUUUGUAAAUGUGCAGAUUGUGUGGCAAUGUACAAAGAAAAAUCCCUUGGAUUUCUGAUUGACGAAUCAGAUACUGUACAUAAAUAUGAAGAGCGAGGCAGGGACAAGGCUGUUUCCACCUCUCAGUAUGACAAGGGGCUCCAGGCUUUAUCCUCCAUGGACAGGGUACAACAAGUCGAGGUUAUUCAUGGCUUCAAUGACUUGAAGUCAGAGCUAACAGAUUAUUUGAAAAAGUUUGCUGAAAAUGGAAAGGUUGUAAGAGAGGAGGACAUUCGAGAGUUUUUCUCUGGAAUGGAGGCCAGAAAGCGACAAAGGGCCACAGGACCAAUUCCUUACAUGUGCAAAUGAGACUUUACAAGCUUUAUUAUCAAGUCUCAGUAUUUCAUAGACAGACAAAGAAGGUUUUAUUCUGUUUAUAUUUAUGCCCUUUCAAACAAAGAUGCAAAGGCAGAAAAUGUGAAAAAAAAAUUUUACCAGAAAUUUUGAACAGGUAGUGCAAGGGCUUUCUUAUGUUUACUUCUUGUGAUAUGAACUUCUGAUGGGAACCAACAGUUAGGUCCUUUGAGUUUUAUCUCAUUUAAUGCUUUCACCUUGGACACUAUUUUUGAAUGAUUAUCUGUGGCUUUCACAUUUCACACAUAUAUUCCAUGUUAUAAGAGCUCUUUGGUACCAAGUUUCAUCUUUUGACCUUGAUGUUUAACCUCCUUUUGAAAAAUUUUAACUUGACCGUAAGUUUUGAAUGGUAGGUCCUAAUAUUUCAAAUGUAUUGUCUGUUUCAAGCAAUUUGUUCGUGUACCAACAGUUUUUGACCCUUGGACCUUGAUAUUGGAGUUUAACCCAAUUUUGAAGAACUUUUAACCUUGGUCAUCAAUAUCUGAAUGGUUAAUGUAAGGGGUCUUUUAUUUCACAGGCACAUCCUUGUAGAAAGACCUUUCUUUGGGUAACAACAGUUUUAAUGUUUUGUUCUAGAUUGACUUGCAUAUGAACUUGAAUCUUUUCCCUUAGCUGUGAUACAGGGACCUUUGUGUUUCAUGAACAUGUCUUAUUUUUAAAGAAGUUUUUUGGUUGAUUUUUUGUACAAGCUAGUCCUAUCAAACUUUAACUCCCACUCAUUUUUCAAAUCAGAUAUAUCUGAAAUGAGAUUUAGGUUACUUAUAGUCACUUGCUUUCAUAUACAUGUACAUUUUGUAUACUGUAGAAUCAUUAGGACAGAUGUUUGUGGAUUAUGUGGGUCACCUUUUUCCAAGAAUUUACAUCCCCAUAAAGAAUUAUUUUUUCAACAUAUGUAUACAUUUAAUCUCAUGUACAUUCAAGACAACCACCAAAAUUACACCCCCGUGAAACAAUGAAAUUUUGCAUGCCCAUGAACAUUGACCCCUAAGAAUUCAAAAUGAUUCCACAGUAAGUGAUAAUGUUAGUAUUGUAGGUUCAUUCACAAAGAAUUAUAAGCAAAGUUUCGACCAUACUUGCAUGGAAACAGGGGAUCUGCAAUAUUCCAUAUUCCUCUUACCAAUUAUCCAGUAUUUUCUUUGAGCCACAUGGAAAAUUAUUAUGUACACAUUUACCAAAUUGAGUCAUUGGAAUUGUGUAACAUGUAUAUUGAAUUGGUGAUCAGUGGAUAAGUUGUAACUGAAAUCAAUGUAUACAAUCAAUUACAUAAUCUACAGAUUGUGAAUACAUUAUCCAGUAUUCAAAACGAUUUUGAUAGAGGCAAGGCCUCACUUAUUUCUUACUGAAGAUGAGAGGGGUAAAGACAGUAUAAUUUUAAAUUUUAUUUUUGUCUUGUCUUGAGAUGUAUAUUUAGUUACAAGUUACAAGAAAGCUUUUAGUAUGAUGUUGUGUAUUUAUAUAAUUCUCUUUUUUAAAAAAUUAAUGAAUAAAUGUGGAAAGUAA